AUGACCGGGGUACUUAGCAAGAUUUGGCGUGUGUUCGAGAAGGACGGUCGAUCACCACGGAAGAUGGUCUCCGAUGGAUAUGCCGAGUGGUGCGCACAGAUGGAAGAGCUAGAGCAGGUCGAGCGGCUCAGUCAAGAGUUCUGGCGAUUGGAUGGUGGCCUGCCUACGGAGAAGAAGAAGCCGGUGAGGACGAGAAGUGCCGCGUUGGCUGAGAAGCGCGCGCUACAGGCGAGGAUGCGUGAAAGUCGAGCUGCGGAGGCUCGACGAGGACGUCGAGUUUCAGUCGGGGAGGAUGUCACGAGUGGGUACGGUGAGAACCGUUCUCCUCGCUCGACUGACAUUGCACAACUUCAAGGUGAUGAGCUGUGGGAAGAGACGGCGACUGGAGCGACUGCGCGCGCCGGUUUCUAUGAGAGUUUGUAUUGA